UGAAGCCACAAUUGAAAUAGGAUGGGCUUGCGAUGUUCAUGGUGCUUGGACAGAUGUGUGGAGAAUGCUGGGGAACCAGACUCCUGGAGCAGUUUAUCCCAAGAAUUCCCUUAUGGAGACUGUUCAGUGAGGCAUCAUCGGGAGUUGGACAUCUAUACUUUGACCUCUGCAUCAGAAUCCAACUGUGAACCCGCACUUCCUGGAGAUAGUUGCUCUGGACAUAUUUUAAAACUUAUGGACAUCCAACAGCAGCUAAUGAAAACAAACCUCCCACAGAUGGACAGUCUUAACCUCGCCACGGUGACAGCACAGGAUCCUUGCAGUCUGCCCACUGCCCUGGAGACUAAUGGCCAGAUCCUUCCCUGUGCACCAGCGUCCUCAGCCAGCCAGCAGCUUUCUUCUCCUGAAGAGACUGAGACUAGCCUGUGUUGCCACAAGAGUUCAGUUAGACAGAUUGAAAGUUCCUGUGAUUUGUCACAUCUGAUUGAGGAAGAGAAUACAGACUGUUCUUAUAGGAAGAAAAAUAAAGGCAUGCAGAGAAAAAGGGAAGAGAUGGAGCCUGCACCUACUGUGGAAUCAAGGACUGUGUGUGACCAAAACACCUGCAUUCAGAGCAUGCCUGACUCUCGAGUCAAAGGCACAGAAGGGCUUUCAUCCUGUGGAGACAGAAUUGAGGAAACCGGAACAAAGUCUUCUGGAAUGACCACAGACCAGAAGGCUCUGUGUAUCAGAGAGAAUUUGUUGCAGGAAGACACGAUCACAGAGCUGGCCAGGGCCCAGCCUUCCUCUGGAGGUAAACUGGCAAGCAGGUCAACAGAUGUCAGCACCCCAGAGAGUGCAGGGGAAAUGAAACAUAGCCUCGUGAACUCAGGUGCAGCUGUCCAGAACAGUAUGUGUGAAGCAGGGAAAAGGACAAAGGAAGGAUUUGAGAACUCUAAUAUCAGCAUAGCUGAAACCUCCAAUGUACAGGACACCGGUGAGCCUGUGGAUAACGCCAGUGUUCCAAGCUGUCCCUCUGCCACCACCAUCCUGAGUGGCAACAAACCAGAUAAUUCCUCCCUUACAUAUAGUCUUGGAGAAAUCCCUGGUGAAAAAACAGCAGAAAAUGAAAAUCUGAGAAGUUGUGAGGAGAGUGCCAGUGCUCUCGGAGGUGGGAGCUCUCUGUUGACUCCAGCUGGUGCAAAAGACAGGAUUUCAGAUGGAUUAGAACUGGGCAUUCCUAUAGCAGGCAUUCAUGAGGCUCUGUCACCCUCGGAAUUAACCUUUUCUGCACUAGAAAGAGAUGUGCUGCCAAACUUAGAAAUGAAUUCACCUCAUAUUAAAAACCAAAACAGCAAGUUACUGGUUUGUUCUACAACCGGAAGUGAUAAACUUGGCACUGACUCUGCUUCUCUACAGAACACAGUGACUUCUAGUGGUGAGAUGGUUGCAGAACAUUGCAAUGACAUAGUUGACCUGCCUGGAAUCACCACAGCAGGGCAGCCUAACACACAAGACCCACCCACUGUUUUCUGCCAAGAAGACCCGCAAGCAACUGCAGUCUCUUCUCACCCUUUAAGAGAUAGCCAAGAAUGCAUGGAUUUUUGUCCUCUCAAAGCUUUGGAUAAAAAGAGCCAAGGAAAAGAUUUGAAGGUAGAUACACCUUUAAUAACUGUGCUUGAGGCAGCUUCACAUCUGCAUCCAUUGGUCCCUAAAACUGAGAAAGAACUGGGGCCAGACCAGACAGUACCAUCAGGCAGCACUUUCCCUCUGGCAAGCAGUCCAGGCAGUGAAUCAGUAACCAAAGAUGACGCACUUUCCCUUGUCCCCUCCCAGAAAGAAAAGGGAACAGCAACCCCGGAACUACAUACGCCUAUAGUGUGUAAAGAUGGCCUGGCCAGAGGAGAUUCAGACUGUACUGAUAAACAGCUGCUAGAAGACAGCACUGUAGGCCUGUCCACGUCCUCUGCUGCUGUACAUCUUCAGCCUACCAUGGGGAAUAUCAAUCCUGGAGGACUUACUGGAGAGCAGGAGAGCCCUGGCUCCUCAGCACCCCCUGAAGUACUGGCUGGCUGUUCGCUGCUAAGUGUGGAUAAGGCCACUUUGGACUCUAGCUCAGUUUUGACUGAAGAAGGAGAAAAACUGGCAGUUCUCCAAAACUCUGAAGCUCAGGGACAAGAUGACAAGGAUAAAGCAUUGACGUGCUCCUCCAUUACGAAAGAUGUGCUUUCUUCAGGAAUGUUGCUGGAAGUGCAAAGAAUACCAUCUCCUGGACGGGAGACAUCAGGAUUCUGUGAAAAGCCUAUCUCAGCUGUCUGUACAGAGGACAAAGCAUUUCGGCCCAGUAAUUCACUGGUCCCACCCUCUGCCUGUCUUAAGGAAGAAACUGAACAUAACAAGGAAGUGGCCCCACUGGUCUCCCUGCUGGCUGAAGGUGGGGUCACACAGAGCUUGGUGAUACCAGGAGCCUCUGGUACAGAGCAGAACAGCACACCUCUCUUGCCACAUCUUUUGCCAGAUGUGUCUGAGGAGCUUACAGGCAAUCAACCUUUUGCCCUGGAGGUUGAAGUGAAGAACACUGAACUCCAAAGGAAAAUCAAUGCCUGUGAAGUGAGUGGAAAUGUGACAAUAGGUGUUCCAGGGGUUAAUAGGUUGCAAGGUCCUGAUGGUCCUAGAAGAAAGGCUAUACCACAAAAUAUCCAAGACAUCCCCAUUUCAGAAGUUUUGUUGAACCAAGAAAAGAGUGUGACCCUGAGUUUGCCAGGAGCUUUACCAGACAAAGGUGUGAUCAGCCCACUGGAAGCUACAACCCCAGCAGUGUUGCCUCUUGAUGGAAAGAAAGAAAAGCUGGAGGGAGCAGACCUGAGUUGUAACACAGGUGACUCCAAGGAGAUACAAAUGGAUGAUGAAGCACUGGAGCAUCCCACAGACAUAGGACUCUCAACUUUUGAUGACAAGAUCCCAGCAGUCAGGAGGGAAGUCAAACAGGUCUCACCCUCAGACAAGCAAGCUGCACAUGUCCCUGAGGGGGCAGACUUAGAGGAGGCUGCCUGCCGUAUAGUAGAAGCUGUCAUUGAACGAAUCAAGGCCUCAGGAGCACUGAUUACUGACAGAGAACUCUGUCACAUGUCACUGUCCAGUCCUGAGUCAGGCCUUGUGACUGAAAUACCAGAGAAGGCCUCUACAGAGAAAGUACAUGCUUUCUUGCCUGGGCAGACUCUGCAAAUGGAUGAUGGUAUUUGUGAAGAAGCCACAGAGACCCUCACAGGAGUCUUUGUUGAAAAGGAAGAGCCAGAAAAGUUCACUUUGCCUGUUCAGAAGCCGGAGCCAGCAACAGCAAUGCCAAACACAAAAACUGAAGAUGAAGUGGAUUUUCUAAGUAAGACCAGAUUAAGUUCAGAUUUUGACCAGGUGGCUGUAGGGAAUGGAACUACUACCCCUAAGAUAAAGACCCGUGUGAUAAAUCGUGAAAGUUGGUGUACAUUAGAGCCCUGCCCAGCUGCACCAUCUCUUUUGGCCUCCAAGCAGAGCCCAGAAUGUGAGAACUCGUUGGAUGUUGGACUGGACAGAGAGUAUACCUCAAAAGAAGGUGUACUUCAGAGAGAAUCUGGGAGUGAUUCUGACCUCUUUCAUUCACCCAGUGAUGACAUGAACAGUGUUAUCUUCUCAAAGCCCGAGGUCUGUGAUAUUGUGGGAUCCAGUUCUUCUACAGAUGACACAGUUUCCCUGGAUCGACAUUCUCCUCAUGGCAGUGAUGUGUCCCUCCCUCAGAUUUCAAAGUUAAAUAGGUCCAGAGAUCAGCAAAGUCCUGAUGGCUUCAGCUGUGAUGUGGGCCAAGAAAAUGAGAAAGAGCCUGCUACCCCUGUUGAGAUUGAAGAGGAAGAAAUGGACAGCAUCACAGAGGUACCUGCAAAGUGCUCUGUGAGGAGGAGCUCCAUGCGCUCAUUGUCCCCUUUCCGGAGGCACAGCUGGGGUCCUGGAAAGAAUGCAGCCAGUGAUGCAGAAAUGAACCACCGGAGUUCAAUUCGAGUUCUUGGGGAUGUUGUCAGGAGGCCUCCCAUUCAUAGGAGAAGUAUGAGCUGGUGUCCUUCUGGUGUGCAAUACUCUGCUGCCUUGAGUGCUGACUUUAAUUACAGAAGUUUCAGUCUGGAAGGCUUAACAGGAGCAGCUGGUAUUGGAAAUAAGCCGUCCUCAUCUCUAGAAGUUAACUCUGCAAACUCGAAAGAGCUCAGACACCCUUUCAGUGGAGAGGAACGAGGUGACUCUUUGGUGUCACUUUCAGAAGAGGAUCUGGAGUCACACCAAAUAGAACAUGGAAUGUUUGAUCAGCAGACAUACCACAGAUCUAAACAACAGGGAUUUAAUUACUGUACAUCAGCCAUUGCUUCUCCAUUGACAAAAUCCAUCUCCUUAAUGACAAUCAGCCAUCCUGGAUUAGACAAUUCACGGCCUUUCCACAACACCAGUGCUAAUCUGACUGAAAGUAUAACAGAAGAAAACUAUAAUUUCCUGCCACAAAGCCCAUCCAAGAAAGAUUUUGAAGGGAAGAGUGGAACAAAAGUCAGUCGUACAUUCAGCUAUAUCAGGAAUAAAAUGUCCAGUAGUAAGAAGAGCAAAGAGAAAGAAAAAGAGAAAGAGAAAAUUAAGGAGAAGGAGAAAGAUUCUAAAGAGAAGGAGAAAGACAAGAAAACUGUCAAUGGGCACACUUUCAGUUCCAUUCCUAUUGUGGGUCCCAUCAGCUGUACCCACUGCAUGAAACCUUUUACCAACAAAGACGCCUACACUUGUGCAAAUUGCAGUGCUUUUGUUCAUAAAAACUGUAGAGAAAGUCUGGCCUCCUGUGCAAAGAUCAAAAUGAAGCAGCCCAAAGGAAACUUUCAGGCACAGGACACAUCAUCACUGCCUGUCAUCCUGAGAAACAAACCCUCACAGCCCAAGGAGCGCCCCCGAUCUGCAGUCCUCCUAGCUGAAGAACCCAUGGCUGCCCCAGUGUUUGCUAACAGACGGUCCCAGCAGAGUGUCUGUCUCUCCAAAAGUGUCUCCAUACAGAACAUCACUGGAGUUGGCAGUGAGGAGAGCAUGUCAAACACCUGGAAAUUCCUGUCGCACUCAACAGACUCACUAAAUAAAAUCAGCAAGGUCAAUGAGUCCACAGAAUCACUUACGGAUGAAGGAGUAGGUACAGACAUGAAUGAAGGACAGCUAAUGGGAGACUUUGAGAUUGAUUCCAAACAGCUAGAAGCAGAGUCCUGGAGUCGGGUAGUGGACAGCAAAUUUCUGAAACAGCAAAAGAAAGAUGUGGUCAAACAACAAGAAGUAAUUUAUGAGUUGAUGCAGACAGAGUUUCAUCACAUCCGCACGCUCAAGAUCAUGAGUGAUGUGUACAGUCGGGGGAUGAUGACUGAGCUCCUCUUCGAGCAGCAGAUGGUGGAAAAGCUGUUCCCCUGUUUAGAUGAGCUGAUCAGCAUUCAUAGCCAGUUCUUUCAGAGGAUCUUGGAGCGGAAGAAGGAGUCUCUAGUGGAUAAAAGUGAAAAGAACUUCCUUGUCAAGAGGAUAGGGGAUGUGCUUGUAAAUCAGUUUUCGGGUGAGAGUGCCGAACGUUUGAAGAAGACAUACGGCAAGUUUUGUGGGCAGCACAACCAGUCUGUGAACUACUUCAAAGACCUCUACACAAAGGAUAAGCGUUUUCAGGCAUUUGUAAAGAAGAAGAUGAGCAGUUCGGUGGUAAGGAGGCUUGGAAUCCCAGAGUGCAUAUUGCUUGUUACCCAGCGAAUCACCAAGUACCCAGUUUUAUUCCAGCGAAUAUUGCAGUGUACCAAAGACAAUGAAGUGGAGCAAGAUGACCUGGCUCAGUCUCUGAGCCUGGUGAAGGAUGUCAUUGGAGCUGUGGACAGCAAAGUGGCAAGUUAUGAGAAGAAAGUACGUCUCAACGAGAUCUAUACGAAGACAGACAGCAAGUCGAUCAUGAGGAUGAAGAGUGGCCAGAUGUUUGCCAAGGAGGAUUUGAAGCGGAAGAAGCUGGUGCGGGACGGGAGUGUGUUUCUGAAGAGCACAGCAGGAAGGCUGAAAGAGGUUCAGGCAGUUCUGCUCACUGACAUUUUAGUUUUCCUUCAAGAAAAGGACCAGAAAUACAUCUUCGCAUCAUUGGACCAGAAAUCGACAGUGAUCUCUUUAAAGAAGCUGAUUGUAAGAGAAGUGGCCCAUGAGGAAAAAGGUCUUUUCCUGAUCAGUAUGGGAGUGAAGGACCCAGAGAUGGUGGAAGUCCACGCCAGCUCCAAGGAAGAGCGUAAUAGCUGGAUUCAGAUCAUUCAGGAUACUAUCAACACCCUGAACAGAGAUGAAGAUGAGGGAAUUCCCAGUGAGAAUGAGGAAGAAAAGAAGAUGCUGGACACCAAAGCCCGGGAACUAAAAGAACAACUUCAACAGAAGGACCAGCAGAUCCUCCUCCUACUGGAAGAGAAGGAGAUGAUCUUCCGGGACAUGACUGAAUGCAGCACUCCCUUGCUGGAUGAGGGCUCCCCAACUCAAAGCCCUAGAACCCUCUUCCGCUCCAACGCAGAGGAGGCUCUGAAAGGAGGACCUUUAAUGAAGAGUGCAAUAAAUGAAGUGGAGCUCCUUCAGGGACUGGUGAGCGGAAGCCUGGGAGGCACACUUGCCCAGGCUGUCAGCAGCUCUGCGGAACAAGAAGCCUUGCUUGGCCCCGUGUCCUUGCCACGGAGAGCAGAGACCUUUGGAGGGUUUGACAGCCAUCAGAUGAAUGUGACUAAAGGAGGUGAGAAGGAAGAAGGAGAUGACGGCCAAGAUCUUAGGAGGACAGAGUCAGAUAGCGGUCUUAAAAAGGGUGGAAAUGCUAACCUAGUAUUUAUGCUUAAAAGAAACAGUGAGGUUGUCCGGAGCAUUGUUCAUCUGCAUGAACUCCUCAGCACCCUGCAGGGUGUGGUGCUGCAACAGGACAGCUACAUCGAGGACCAGAAGCUGGUGCUGACUGAGAGGGCGCUGACACGGAGCAUGUCCCGCCCCAGCUCCCUCAUUGAGCAGGAGAAGCAGCGCAGCCUGGAGAAGCAGCGCCAGGACCUUGCCAACUUGCAGAAGCAGCAGGCACAGCACCUGGAGGAGAAACGCCGGCAUGAGCGUGAGUGGGAGGCCCGGGAGAGGGAGCUACGUGAGCGCGAGGCACGGCUGGCCGAGCGUGAGGAGAAGGUACAGCGCGGGCAGCAGGACCUGGACAGGGACUGGGAAGAGCUCCAGCAGAAGAAGGGAGUGUACCAGUGUGACCUGGAGCGGCUGCGCACAGCUCAGAAGCAGCUGGAGCGGGAGCAGGAGCAGCUACGGCAGAACAUGGAGCAGCUCAGCCAGAGGCAGACAGAACGGGACCUGUGUCAGGUAUCGCACCAACACACCAAGCUCAUGAGGAUCCCGUCCUUCCUUCCCAGUCCUGAGGCGUCACCCUUGCCCUCAGUACCUUCAGUGACCAAGUCAGGGUCACUGGACUCAGAACUUUCAGUGUCCCCCAAAAGGAAUAGCAUCUCUCGGACACACAAAGAUAAGGGGCCUUUUCACAUACUGAGUUCAACUAGCCAGACAAACCAAGUGCCAGAGGGGCAGAGCCAGGCCCUUUCCAGUAUUUCCACCUCUACCCGCCUGUUUGGUUUGACAAAGCCGAAGGAAAAGAAGGAGAAAAAGAAAAAGAACAAAGGAAGCCGCUCCCAGCCUGGCGACGGCCCUGCAUCAGAAGCAUCCGCAGACGGUGAGGAGAUCUUCUGUUGACCUCUUUCUCCAGAUCUGGCACCCGUGCCUGCCUGCCUGCUCCUGCCCCUCAGGCACAAGUCUCCACACUGGACAGCCCUUGCUCCUCAGCAUCCAGUCCUGGGCACCCAGGUCCCAUACACAAGAGGAGCAGAUGAUCCUAAGUGGUGGGGCAGGAGGAGGCCCACCCUCCAUUCCAGCCAUGACCUGUGACUGUCCAGGACUUAGUUGGGAAUGGCGCCGCUCGGGACAUUAACCUGAACAUUGUGGGUGCAAGGGAUAAUUUGGGGUGUGACCAGAGCCCCCAAGGGUCUGUGUUUCAUGUGGGGAGCACAACAGAAUCCAGGAGGUAGGGAGGGCUGUGUCUGUGCACAUGUUCAGUGACCCAGCUUCGCUCAGCCCAGGACAGCCACAGGCCUCGGCUUCACACCAUAGUCCACAGAGAGAGGACCCUUGUAAACCACUCUGUGCGUGCAUCACCCCUUUUCUCCAUCUUUGAAGGGGUGACAGACAUCUGUGAAGCCAGUGGUAGGAAUGGUUUAAGGUUAUAUUUCCUCAAAUUCAGAAGAAACUGAUUUUCCAAUGUAUUUGCCUACAGGUUCUAGACACAGAGAGAGUAGAGAGGCAUCUUAUCCUUAUCACUGCAGUGCGACACUUCGGUGUCACUAACCACUCAAAAGAGCCCUCAUAACAGCUCCACUGGGAUAUCCCCUGAGCAGCCAGCUGCCAACCUCUCACCCACACCACAACCCAGCUGUGGCCUAAGGCCUCUCAAGGUCUGCGGGACAACUGCUGAGCAGUGGGUCAGGUGUAGGGUUAAGGCCAGUAUACGGUUUCCACCUGUGCAGACAAGGGAGGUGCUGGCCCUGGCUGGGGCCCAAUCAUUGUAAGGCCUCCCGCAGCAAAACACGGUUUCCUGAAAACCUGUUUAACUCUGAAGUCCUUUAAGAAUUAUGCUGUACCCCGUGAGGAUCACAUGAGCUGCCUGGUUUUUCUUCUCCCUCCCCACUGUUUUGGUCUGUGUGUGCUUGAGGCUUUCACUGCUGGUUUGUGCAGGACAGCUCUUUGGUAAGGACUCCUUCUGAGGCUCCCUGUGCUGCGUUCAGCCUCCUGGCUGAGGAGACCUGAAAAUGCUGUGCUUGUCAGGUGGCCUUCACUUCCUGCUUUUUGCCCUUCAGAAGCAACAGGCUUCAAAUAUUUUUUUCUAAAGACAACAAUCUGUAACUUGGUGCUUGUUGAUGAAUUGCAAGCUGGACUUGCAGAUGAAGAUAAUUUAUCUUUCAGUUUAUUUGAAAGUCUGGUUUAAAAUUUUAGCCUAAAUUUGUUUUAUUUAUUUUUCUGUGUUUGUGUUGUUUUGUUUUUAGGGUGUACCAGUUCUAGCCCAGCAGUUAACCUAGUUGAUCAGUGCAGAGUGCAGCGGCAGCCGGCGCUGGCCACUCCUGUCUUUCAAGUGCCUUGAGAGCCAGAUGGAGGCUGGGGCUGGGGUGGGGCCCAGGGCCUUCUCUCCCCCACUCCCACUCACGCUUUAACCAAGGGGUGUCUCCUUCCUUGAGUGUUAGGAAACUUGCCACCCAAGGACACUCACACUUCAGACAUAGACUUUAGGCCAAACCCAACUUAUUUCUUAAAUGAAACUAAAAGACCCUAAACAGCAGAAAGUCAGCCACUUCCUUCUGCCAGCCCACACAGCUCUGAGUUAGAGCUGAACCUGCCACGACUUUUCUCAGACCCCCAUCAGGCUAGACUGCCUUUCUCAUCACUGGUCCUGAGUGACCUGUAGUGGUUCCACCUCCCACAGCGGUACUGUUGGGAAGGUAGGGCUCCGAGGAAGGCCUAUGCACGGGCAGGAUGACUCAUGCACCCCAGGUGCACUGUGGCCCCUGAGGUGCCGUGCAUCCCUGCAAACGUGACUUUGACCUUCCAGUGUCUGUUUGUCCUCACUAGCGAGGGUGUUUUCCUUGCUUUGGCAGUUUAGGUCAUUUUAAAAAGGCAGCCUUCACCUGUACCCACACCUUACCAACACAGAAAAAUGUGGCCAGGUUCCAGUGGGCCAGGUAAGCUCUCAGAAAGAGGUCAAGUCUUGGCUUCCCCUGAGCUGCUGGCUGCCUCCAGGAAUAAUGUGUGGUGCAGAAAGAGAGCCUCUUACCAGGAACUGUGCUUGCGUUUGCCUGCCCCUCUUCUUUGACUUCUUGGAUGCAUCGCUGCUCCUGGGAGCUCCCCGGGGUGCUGCUGUGGUGCUGAUGCUUAUGCCCUUGAGAACUGCUCCUGUUCCCCAGUCUGCGGGGGCGGGAGGGGGCACACAGGGACCUGGCUGUGUUCCUUACCGCCCCCCACACCAGUCUUCCUCAUGCUAGAGAAAUCAGAUGCCUGAGAUGGUGAUUGAAUCUUGGGGACAGGUGCAAAUACUGUGCCCAGCCUCCAGCUUCUGAUGAACUGCUAGAAGGACACUGCACCUUCUCCUGAAAGUCAUCUCAGUGGUGGUCCUUCCAGUUGGGUGACAUGCACUUUAAAAGCUCUCUCCUCAGUUGGCUCCAUUUUUGAGACAAUCAAAUAUGUUAACUUUGUUUUCUUCUUAGAAAAUGGAGGUUAAAACAUGGAAAUUGUUUUUGGCCUUUGCCAACAUUCCCUCUGCCCCCAGGAGAGCGGUCUUGUGGGGGAAAAAUCCUUACCAAGACUUGCUUGAAAAGGUACGAGCUUUUUGCCUUGCCUGUGUCUCAGGGUUGUACCACCAAGAGCUGCCCCUCUGAGAAUCUUACCACGUUACCUACCCAGGCCUCGAUGACAGUAGCACAGUUUUUCAAACUUUUGGGGUCGUUUGGUCCUUUCUUGGGGAAUAGUGGGGUGGUCUUCAUGCAUAAGGGCUUAAUAAAUGGGUCCCGCCUUAAAUAAAGGGUGGAAGCGCAGCCCAGUAGGCCAGAAACACCUCCGUAGAAGUGCUCUAUAUUACACUUCCAUCCCUAAUGCUCUCCUUCCGCCAGUUUUUCCCAAGGAUUUGGUAUAUGCUCAGAGCUGAAGUUCACUCUGAGGAGGAGUGGCCAUGUGUGCACAGAGGAAGCAGCCCUAGGAGUGGUAUAGGCCAUCCUGGGGAGUGGGAGUCUGUGGCAGACAGAGGUGGGUGUGAGGUGGCCCCAGUACUGCAGAAGGCAUCCAUCCACCCCUGUGCCUGAAGGUGACUGUGGCUGCCGUGGUGGCCAGGGUGUCCUCAGGCCCAGCCGCUGUGCAUGCCUGUGUCCUGGGCUGGCCCUCCAGCCCUGCUAUGCCCAACCCUUCCUUAGAGACCAAGAGGGCAGGUUGCUGGCCUUUGGUUCGGAGUUUUUCUUUGAUUGUAGCAUAACAUUCCUAGUUAACCAGAGCUUUGGAAUCUACUGCCUGCUGGCCAGGUUUUGAAAUAGGAAGGUAUUUUAAUGCUGCCAUUUAUGGAAGGAGGAAGGACGAGGCCUUUCCACACACCUGUUGUCACUUAAGAGAUUGGCAGGCCCUCAGUCACUCUCCAUUUCUCUGAGGUCUGCGGCUGGGCAGGCCUUCCCUGGAGCUGUCCUGCCCUUGGCACUGCCCACUGGGCUGGGGGUCACUGGGCGCUAGGGAUCAGCCCUGGCUUGGCGGUGCUUGGCUGGGCCGGAGUCUCCUGCCCUAGAGCAGAAAGGUGGGGGGUUGCUCUCGUCAGUGGUUCCCAAAUGCUGUAUGAACAUUCUGUGCUAAGCCUGCUAAAUAAGAUGGGUUAAAACCCAAACGCUGUAUAUUAAUUUGUAAUUAUGUAUAAAGUGAAGCAGUUUUAAACUGUAAAGAUUUUUUUCAGUGUUUUCUGGCAUUUGCCACAACAUACUGGCUUUGUAUUUUAUUUAUCUUCAUUUCUAGUUAUUGGCUUCUGACUCUUGUAAAGUCCCCUUCAGCCCUUUCCAAAAGAAAAUAAAUCACCUUUGAAGUCUUGA